UCGUUACGUCACGAAGCUUUUUCGUCACUUCCGUCAGCUUGGCUCCUGUGAAGUGCCUGAAAACCUGAAAACAAUCGGAGCAAAGAAGAACUUGUAUGACUGUUUGCCAGAGACACCUCUAGUGCCAGGAAAGACAGCCUAACAACAUUACUGCAAAUAGAAGUCAAGUAGUCAAGUCUGAAAAACAUUUCAUCGUGACGCAAAGUCUUAGACUUGUGUGGGAAUCAUUCUUCUGAGGGCAGGUCGGUGGCGCAAAAGUAAUACCAGCUUGUAGUACGGGAGGAAGGAUCAUUAUUCUUCCCUUGAUGCGGCACCUGCUUACAGGGGUGGACAAGCUCACUGUGAUUUAACCUGCUGCUGACGUGGUGUAAAAUACCAAGAUGUCGCGCUGUUUGUAACAGCAACCAGCGGAAUGCAAGCGACGAAGUGAGUCACAAAACGGAGUCUGAGACGCAGGGUUCCUCCGACGCUGCUGACAACCAUGGGCCAUGGGGGCCACAUCCUUCAAGAGCAGUGACAGGAGGAAGAGGCUCCUUAAGGUCAUGGUCAGUAAAGCCAAGUGCUGGGUCAUCGUCAUAAAGGUUUUGAACAGCAUCCUUCUGGUGGCUGGAGUGGGCGCUGUCCUAUGUGCCGGGUGGAUUCUGAUAUUGGACGAUCGCUUUCUUUUCCUCAGUCGAAUGGCCAACCAGAACUUCAGCGAAGAUCCAAUGAAGAACUACUCGCUGCUAGAGGUCUGUGGUUAUAUGCUCCUGGCGACAGGCUUGCUGUUGAUCUGUCUCUCAGUUCUUGGAUUCCUGGGUGUUUGUAUGCUGAACCGCAGCAUUCUUGGAAUUUACACCAUCUGCAUCUGCCUGAUGGUAGUGCUACAGCUGGCAGCAGGUGUUCUUGGAGCCCUGUACUUGGACUCACUUAGAAUGGAUGAGGUUCAGAAGCAGAUGUUUACUUCCUUGCAAGUGCGUUAUCAGGGUCCCAUUCUAAACGACACUGGCUUGUUCCCAUCAGAUGUGGAAUUUUCUCAUUCUUUUGAUUAUGCUCAGGUGUCACUCCAGUGUUGUGGCGCAAACAACGGCAGCGACUAUGCCGUCUUCACAGAGUGGAAUCGCACUUGGUACGACUCUUCGGGAUCCUUGUCAAUGGCAAAAGUACCAUUCACAUGUUGUAAAGUGAAGGACGGUGGUGAUCCCGAUGAAGCUGCAAACAUGCGCUUGAUCAAACUGAUCACCUACAUCAAAGACCAGUCUUGUCCUCUCAAGCCAGUUGACAGAAAUUCGAACUUUGUCCCUGGAUGCUACGAAAAACUCUUGGAUCUCUAUACCAGGUUGAGUUACCUUAUCGCCGGCGUCGGCACUUUCCUCGUUGUCGUGGAGAUCGCAAGCGGCACGUCAGCUUAUCGUCUCUGCAGGUUCCUGCAGCGAACCUUUGAGGACUUCGAUGGCUGGUGACUGGUCAGCUCCAUCUGGAAGCGUCGGAUGCCGCGUGACAAGACCGUCUCUUUAAUUGUCACACACGGACACGUCUCGGGUGUAUUUAGUUGUCAAACAUGACACGUCUAGGGUGCCAGGCUUUAGUUGUCAAACACCAACACAUCUCGGCAGGUCUGUAAUGACGUCUGCAGUCACAUGGGAAUGUGUCUGGCUUCAAACGUUUUGAACUAAGGAAAAAUGUAUAUUUUGAAUUUUGGCAUGUAUUUCUUUUUAUGUACAAAUUUCAGUUGUUUUUUAAUUUCCUGAAGUACUUUAUUUAA